AUGCCGGGAGUAAUCGACACCAUGGAAUAUAUCUCCAACCAAGACCGGCGGCAGGACCGACUUCAAGAAUUAGGUCGUGAAUGGGGGCUAGACCCGUCUCCGCUUCCUUCUCCGCUGCUGCGUCCAGAGGGGACCGUAUCAGUAACCACUUCAAACGAUGAUAUGCACGCGGAGGCGCUUCUCAAGCAGCACCGCGAGACAGACCAGGCACAGCAAAACAAGGGCGGUCUUUCUAGAGCUUUCACCACCAAGAAGAAGGGCUGGGAGUACAAGGAGAUCUAUAGUGCUCUUGUUACGCAUGUCGCGAAUAAGGGGUCGCCCGGUGUGGCAGAGGCUCUUAUCCUGAAACUUAAUCUCGUUGGUGGUAACGUCAACCUGGCCCAGAAAAGCCGGACGAGCAUGUUAUCAAGGAGAAAGAGCUUGGACUUGGCCGAGCGCAGUCAGGUCCUCCAGAAGGCGGUGGAGAACAGGCACAAGGAAAUGGUACAAGUCUUACUGCCAUUUGCCGAUGCUCUGAGCCUGGAUACGGCUCUACCGAUAGCUAUGCGGAAUCAAGAUUCAUCUAUUGUCGAGAUGUUGGUCAGGUACGGAGCGAGUGCCGCACAAACCGCCGAAGGCCAGGAUGCCUUCAGGCACGCAUGCGGCGUCGGAGGCGAAGCAGAUAUGGUGGCCAUGAUCUUGUCGUCGGAAGGUCGGCCGCCGGAGGCUUGGAUAUCGCAAUCAAUGGUCGAGGCUGCCAGAGCCGGGUGUUUGAAUACGGUACUGGCCCUGAGUCGUUCGACAGCCGACGGGAACCACGACAGCGCAGCAGCACUGAAGGCAGCAGUGGCCCUUGGACGACGAGAUAUUGUGCUGGCGCUGGUUCUCGGAGAUAAGCCCCCGAGCCAGCCUGGUCUGAAUGAGGCGUUCGACCAGCUUAUGACCCACCAGAAUAUCAACCCCAACGAGAAGAUGGCAAUGGCAGAGGUCUUGCUUUGCGCUGGGGCGGAAGGUGACCUCGUUGCCCAGGCCUUGGUACACGCCAGCGCCACGUACUUUAUCGAAAUGGUGCAUCUCCUGGUCUCGUAUGGUGCAUCGAUUGAGUAUCAAGAUGCCAUCGCUGUGCGGAAAGCUGUUUCAACAGGCAAGCUUGACCUGGUGGACAUAAUGCUGAACGGGCAGUCGCAACUUAGCUCGGCGCACGCAACAGAGUGCGUGGAGCUUCUACCAAAGAAGAUGCGAUUCGAAGACAGAUAUACGUUUCUUAGCUUGUUACUGCGGAAGGGGGCGAACGGGCCGCCACUGGAUGAAGCGCUGAUCGAUGCAACAGAGGCCGGAGACGUGGAAACGGCGAAGCUACUCCUGACACCCCUAUUUCCUGGCGGCAAGAUGGUCGGGAACCAAGACCUUAAGAGAGGACCACGAAGCAUGGUUUUCGAGCGGCAUGCGAUCGCCUCAACGGACCACAAAGGAGCACUGGCGUUGCAGAUAGCCGUUAAAAACAAGAACGUCCCUAUCGCGAAGCUGAUAUUAACGAAUAAGCCGCCGUCAAACGAUGCCAUGGCUCAAAUCUUCCCCAGUGUUAGGAACCUGUCAAAACUUGACCGCUUUCAACUUACUGAAGCUUUCCUCGGAGCCGGCUUGUUUGGCCCAUGUGUUCACUCGGCGCUGGAGAAUGUUAUAGACGAAACUCCACCCCAUAGGGAUGAUCGGUUAAUUGCCCUGUUCUUGAGGUCCAACGCCGAUGUCAACUUCAACGAAGGUGCUGGUAUCACAGCCGCCAUUGCGCAGAAGGAUGUGAACCUGCUGAGCAGGUUGCUGAAGAGCAACCCGACCCCUCGGAUCGCUGCAAAGGCGGUACCGAGGGCAAUGGAAGUUGAGGAUCCGAGAAAGAAAACUCAGAUGAUCACUAUGCUACUCGGGGUAGGCGCUGCUGAAGGAGGACCCGAGGUUUCUGCUGCCUUGGCGACGUUGACAAAGUCUGCUCCCGUCGACAAGGAUUUACUAGCUGCGUUGCUUCAACACGGUCACGCCGACGUCAACGCAAAUGAAGGUCGUGCGGUUGUCAAUGCAGUCAGUAAUCCUGACUCGGCUCUGCUCGAGACAGUCCUGUCCCUUGGCAAGCCAAACCAAGGCACCCUCGAGCGUGCUAUGAAAAGCCUUGGCCAAGUCCCGUCGAGUCCAGCGAAGGCCCAGAAACUAGACAUUCUGUUACGGAGAACAUCCUCAAAGAGCACGAUGAGUCAGCUUCUAGUUGACGAAGUUCAGCAUGUACUCAAAAUUCCCCCACCGCAGCGGAAUCUUGCUGUGUUGAAGACGCUUCUGGCCAACGGUGCAGAUAUCAACGCUUACAAUGCCGAAGCCCUCUGCAGAGCCGUAGCGGCCGCUGACGGACCGAUGGUCGACCUCUUGUUCUCCGCGCGACCAAAUCCACACUCGUUGUCCUUCGCCAUGCCACACGCCCUUAGAAUACAGGACUUGAUGGAUCGUCUCACGUUUGCGCAACGGAUUCUGGAAGCUGGCAUUCCGCCCACGGAAGUGAAUCGUGCUCUGGUGUUUGCGGUAAACACAUAUCCUGACGAUAUCCCCCUCAUCAACUCUUUACUCGCCCACGCAGAUACGAAGGAUGGCAUAGCCCUCAUUGAGGCUAUCAAGAUGGAGAAGCAGGACAUCGUGGAGCUGAUUCUCCAUAAGAAGAGCUUCUCGGUGGAUGUUUUGAACUCUGGGUUCGCCCAAGCGACGAGGGGCAAGAAUAAAAGGUCGCGAAGUCUGUCGUGUAGCAAUCUUCUGAAGGCCGGUGCGUCUGGUGAGGUAGUGUCAGAUGCCCUGCUCGCUGCGGCUUCGGACGGAGAUGUCGACUUCGGUUCAAUACUCGUUCAAAAUGGCGGAAGCGUCGAGCACAAGGAUGGCCAAGCUAUAGUCGCAGCCUGCAAAUCCGGAGCUGCUGAUGUCCUUGGCAUGCUCCUAUCUGGAGACUCAAACGUGAGCCAGCAAACACUUCAGAAGGGGUUCCAGGCAGCAACUGAGAUAUCCGACCUUGCGCGGCGGGCAGAUAUCUUCAAGCUUCUCUUGCAACGGGGUGUUACGGGCGAGGUUGUCGAUGCUCAACUGGUCUCGGCGGGACGAUUUGGUGAUAACGGAACCAAUCUCGUGAGACUGCUAUUAGUGUAUGGUGCAAGCCCUGAUUUUAAUGAGGGCGAAGCAGUGGAGAAAGCGACCAGCAGCGCUUUCCUUCACAAUCUUGAGAUGCUUCUUGGCAUCCGCGAAGUUGGCGGCAAGCAAAAGAAGCCCUCGUCGCACACCUUGCUGAAAGCGAUGGAGGCCUGCUGGAAUCUGAGCAGGGAUGUUCGCUUCACCGUACUGGAAUGGAUCUUCAAGGCUGGCAAGCCUGUGCCAAACGCCGUGCACGCAGCCUUGACGAAGGUCGUAAACGAGGAAGAGCCGGAGGAGCGCGUCAUUCAGUUGUUGGUGGCCAACAGGGCAUCACCAACCGCCAAUGGCUGCCAAACACUCAUUGAUGCAACGCGAACACUGUCAGCAUCCCAGUUCACGCAACUGCUCGAAUCCAAAAUCACCCCAGAGGAAGCUUCAUUAGCGUUUGGCAAGGCUUUCGUCCCCGAUAAUUCAAAGUCAUGGCUGUCAGAAAGAGGACUCGAGAUCGCGCGUUGUCUACUGAGGAAAGGGGCUGGAGGAGAUGCUGUUGGGUCGGCUUUUGUGGCUGUCCUGGGAGUAUAUGCGGCAAAUCCUGGCAGCGUGGCCGAUAGCUUCGUCGAGCUGUUGCUCAAGUAUGAUGCUGAUAUCAACUAUAACCGUGGAGAGGCUCUCCAGAUUGCUGCAACUCAGGAUAGCCCUGGGUUGUUGCGAAGGCUACUGCGAGAGAAGCCGAACUCAGAAGCACUUACAAUGGCAUUCCCUAUGAUAUUCGACACCGACGGCGACGAAGACCGGGUGCAUGAGUCGAUUAGCCUCUUCACUGAGUAUCAUGGCGGAGACAACCACAUCGAUACCAUGUUCAAUCAUCCAGGUUCUGAACCUGUUGUCAUACGCGCGUUAUCACGCUUCCCAAGAUCUACAAAGAUCCUCCAGGCUCUUCUUGACGUGGGCUACUACCAUGACCAAGUCACUACAGCCAGGGUCAUACCGGAACUCGAGGGUGACGAACAAGUAAACUUGUUGACCUGGACGAUUUUGCAACCUCAGAAAAAGAUCAGCAGUGGUGUCAUCAGCCUUCUCAUUGAUGCAGGCGCAAAGGUCAACUUCGAAACACGCACAUCACGUACGACGCCGCUGAUGCUAGCGAUACAGUCGCGAAGGCAAGAUAUUGUGAAGUCACUUCUCCUUGCUGGCGCAGAGGUUGACGUGACAGAUGCGACAGGACGCUCGCCCUUAUCUAUGGCGUCUGCCGUCGGCGGUGAACUGGCCAUCACGAUGAUGUCUAACCUCUUAGCUGCUGGUGCCUCUAGGAACGAUGGGUCGUUGCACAAUGCCGCCCGCGAGCUCAAUUUGCAGGCAAUGCAGAUUCUCGCUGAAUACAAACACGAUCCUGACUUUCCGAGCCCACAGCAUGGCGGCCGAAGCGCUCUCGGUGAGCUGUGUCUCCAUGCUGCAGACUCGGGAGAGAUCACAGCUCUGCGGGAAAAGGCAAUGGAGAAAUGCAUCAACUUCUUGCUCCAGGAUACUGACAUUACUCUCCACUCGGACGGAAAAUCGGCCCUGCUCCUCGCCCUCGAAUCUGCUGAUCCUCUUACUACCACCAAGGUGCUUCUUCGCGCAGACAUGUGGAAGUUCAUCAAUAAGCCAUUCAAUCAGUAUACAGACGGAGAGUUCACGUACUCGCCAACUCAAUACGUGGCCCGCGUUCUACCGCAAACAGAUGUCACCCCCGAGUUACUUAAGCUCCUCAAAGCCAACCGUGGGACAGACGUUUACUACGCAAAUUCGGGCGCUCAACCAGAAGGUGCAAUUGGCAUGCCAAAGCAUGUGGAGCUCGAGGAUCAGGACCGAAAGGCAAUGCUAGCCCGUAAAGCGCGCGAGGAUGAGGAGCAUGCCCUCGCCAUCAACCGUACAAAGGAGCUUGCCGCUGUUCAAGCUCAGAUCUGGGCAAAUCAAGCCGAGCUGGAGGAUGCACGAAAGAAACGCUCGCAUAACUCAGACCUCAGCGCCAUCAAUGAACGGGCUCGACUGGAGGAGGAGCUCUUCACCAAGGCGCUGGCUCAACAGCGCGCCAGGCAGAGCCAAGAGGUCGCGCAUCAGCAGGCGCUGACCGAGGCCUCGCGCCGGCGGGUGCAGGAGAUCGGCGACACGGAGUUUGCGCUCGAGACCCAGAAGCAACAGCGGAUGAUCGAGUGGGAGCGGGACCUCGGCAACGAGCGCGUCGGCAACGCCACGCAGCUGAGCAGCAUCCGGUUGCGGGAGCGCGAAGAGAUUGAGCGUAUGGACCAGGCCGCCGACGGCAGGUUCAAGGACCGCAUCGCGCAGCAGAAGAGGCUGGUGGACAGCCAGAGCAGUCUCGCGGCGAACCUGGGUAAUGGGGCUACCGCGAGCGGGAGGAAACAGAUUGGGUAUGUCACGGGCGAGGUGCCCUGA